GCCUUCCAGUAGUUUCACAGCAGAAGACUGUUAUCCUAAAUGGAGACCUGACUUCAUGUUGGAAUCCAGUAAGCAAACAGUCCAGAUGCUGGUAAACGGCCCUCUAUAAUGGAUCACUCAUCUCUCUACUAGAUAUAAAAAAAUGGGAAACAACAUAGGAAACCUGUGAAAGGAAUUGUUUCCAUAAUUGUGCCUCUAGUGACUGCCACCAACCUGCCAGAUAAGAUUUUUCCAAAACCACUAGCAUCAAUAAAUGUGAAUGUGGGACCCCAAAUGAUUAUAAGCACAUCUCAAAGACUGACCAAUUCAGGACGUGUUCUGAUUGGAAAUUCGUAUACCACAGUGCCAGCCAUGGUCACUCAGACACACAUAACAGAUGUCAGUGGCUGGGUCCCAGGGGACAGAAAACGAACUCGAGACUUUAUGGAAACAGAUUUUUCAGAAAGUAAAAGAAGUAAGAAAGGAGAUAAGAAUGGCAAGGGCCUAAGGCAUUUUUCAAUGAAAGUGUGUGAAAAGGUCCAGCGUAAAGGAACAACAUCAUAUAAUGAAGUUGCAGAUGAGCUGGUAUCAGAGUUAACAAAUUGUAAUAGCCACUUAGCAACAGGUUCAGUUUAUGAUCAGAAGAAUAUUAGACGGAGAGUUUACGAUGCACUCAAUGUAUUGAUGGCAAUGAACAUUAUUUCAAAGGAAAAAAAAGAAAUCAGAUGGAUAGGUCUUCCUACAAACUCAGCUCAAGAAUGUCAAAAUCUGGAGAUUGAGAAACAGCGAUGUAUAGAACAAAUAAAACAGAAGAGAGCUCAGCUGCAAGAGCUUCUACUGCAGCAAAUUGCUUUCAAAAAUUUGGUACAAAGAAAUCAACAAAAUGAACAGCAGCAUCAGAGCCCUCCAGUUUUGAACUCUACCAUACAACUGCCUUUUCUAAUAAUAAACACAAGCAAAAGAACAAUGAUAGAUUGCAGCAUCUCUCCUGACAAAUUUGAAUAUGUCUUCAAUUUUGAUAAUACCUUUGAGAUCCAUGAUGAUACUGAGGUUUUAAAGCGAAUGGGAAUGUCAUUUGGUCUAGAGGCAGGCAAAUGUUCAGCAGAAGACCUAAGAACUGCUAAAUCCCUGGUGCCAAAAGCUUUCGAAAGCUUUGUCACAGACAUGUCUGCAGGAAUAUCUUGGGUGAACAAGGGGCCAGUUUUCAGUUCUACUCAAGUAGAUUUAUCUUUUGAUAUAGCUGGUGAUGCUGCUGUUUCUAAGUCAAGUGGAAAUCCAGGGCUAUAUCUAGAUGCUGAAGUGGCCUUAGCAACAGGGCACCUUGUCGCUCCCAGCAGCCAGCAGUCCAGCGGUGCAACAUCACACUAUUCAGAAUCACGUGGUGAAACCCCAUGUUCAUUUGAGGAUGAGGACGAGGAUGAAGAUGAUCCCUCUUCACCAGAAUAAAGGCAGAAACCAGCCCUACAAAACGGUGUUCCUGUGCACUUAGUGUGAGCUCAUGUUCUUUAUGCAGUUUUCUUCCCCUUUUGCUGUAUGUCUUUGAGAUUUAGGAAAGAUUCAUCCCGUAUGAGAAACACUAAGCACAGGGCAUGAUCCAGUCCUUGAAUUCAUGUCUGUAGGACAGAGUGGAGAAGCCUCCACACAGGCAGGUGGACACUCUAGGGUGAAAAUAUACU